AUGUCGAAUCCAGAUGGCAAGCCAGCUCUCCCAGAGGGCGAGAGCAUCAACCUCCCCAUUGGCAAAGCUUCGUCGGAGGAAGAAGGCCCGUUGGAGCCUAUAGAUGACUAUGAGGAGGUAUCCAUCGACCGUGAUGUUGUGGAUGAGCUGCCACGCAGCGAACAUAUUCAACAGGAGCAGGUGAUAGCUAAGGAGGUUACUCCAAUAUCGGACGCCGGAGAAACCCCUGCAACGUCCGUAUCUGAAAUUAAUACGAUACCGGAAACCUCAAGUACUCCAAAUGUCGUCAGUGUAGAAGAAUCCGAGUUGACAGUUGUGGAGCCAGAGCCGCUGUUGGAGACCAAUGAUGUGGAAGUCCCUCGAAUCGAUGUAGAAGAAGCUAUUGCUGCUCAGGGCGGACUGGCAGAGUCAGCGCCAAAACCUGCAGAGAUUAAGGACUCAGAUAUUGAAGAAAAGCCGACGGAAGUACUACAGGACGAAGAUGCUCAAGGCGAGCCGACAAAUCCUCCGGAAAUUCCGUCAAGUCCCCCACCGCAGAUUGUCACGUCGUCGGAGCCAUCGUCGUCUCAGCCAUCCUCUCCAGCGGCUAGACCUGGUUCUUCAGCUUCCUCGCUCCCGGCAAGACCCCCGAAUCCGACACCCGUACAAGCCCAACCCAUUCGUUAUAACCUUCCGAACACAGUCUUCAUUGUUCAGUCCCUUGAGACGAUCUCUGCUAGCCGCGACGCUAGGCGCCGCGCCGACCUAGCAGAAGCCGCACGGCGUGCGCUCGAGGCCCUCAAAGACCUAGCGCCAUACGCCCCAGAUCCGGAAGUUGUCUUCGAACCCUUAAGGCUAGCAUGCAUGACCCAUACUACAACUCUCGUUGUCGCCGCCUUAGAUAGUAUUGACAAACUCAUAUCUUAUGGCUACUUUACGACCAAUCACUCCUCCAUAAGCUCAACCCCGCUUAUAGAACGUGCAAUUGACACGAUAGCUAGUUGUUUCAUUGGCGAUGUUACGGACGAUAAAGUACAGAUGCAAAUCAUCAAAGCUCUGCUCUCCGCCGUUCUAAAUGACAAGUUCAUCGUCCAUGGUGCCGGUUUGUUGAAGUCUAUUAGACAGAUUUACAACAUCUUCCUAUUAAGCCGUAAUGCGGCGAAUCAGACGGUGGCACAAGGCGCCCUGACUCAGAUGGUGAAUGUUGUUUUCGAACGAAUGAAGACGAGAAUUGCUUCUAGGGAGGCAAGGGCCGAAUUAGGAGGGCUGCAACACCAAGAUGUUGGAGGUAGUACCACCACUGUUGGUGCUGCGAUGAGUACAGUCGAUGGUGGGGAGGGGGACGAGGAAAGCAGCACCGGAGACACACAAUCCCAAGUGAACGGAUCCUCUACACAGUUAGCGACGCCAGGAGAAAAGAUUACACUUCAGAGUUUCGAGCACCGAAAGAGUUUCGAUGACGAAAAGAUCAUGGAUAAUGCCCCGACAACAGUCACGAUAGGCCGCCCGCAAAGUAGCAGUGGCGUCGGAAAUCAAAUAGACGCACAGCCAGAAGUAUCCGAGCAGGAUCUUGAGGAUGAAAUUUUUACGAAGGAUAUUUUUCUUGUUUUCCGAGCCAUGUGCAAGCUUUCAAUCAAAGUUCUACCCCCAGAACAAAUCGCCGAUCUCAAAUGCCAUGGGAUGAGGAGUAAACUGUUGUCUCUGCACCUAAUCUUAACGAUUCUUAAGCAGCAUUGUGUCGUGUUCACAAAUCCACUUGUCACAAUCCGUGGGAGCGGAACUGAGCAACCGACGCAAUUUGUCCAAGCUAUUAAACAGUAUCUUUGUCUCUCUCUGAGCAGAAAUGCGGCUAGCUCAGUACCAUGGGUAUUCGAAAUGUGCGGUGAGAUAUUUUGGUUAGUCGUGAGGGAUAUGCGAAGUGCGCUGAAGAAAGAACUCGAGGUGUUCAUGAAGGAAAUUUAUCUCGCCAUUAUUGAAAACAAGAACUCCAGUUUAAAUCAAAAACAUUCCAUCUUAGGACUAUUCGAGCGCAUUUCUUCCGACCCAAAGGCGCUGGUGGAGAUCUACCUAAACUAUGAUUGUGACCGCGCUGCCCUCGACAACCUAUUCCAGCGUAUCAUGGAGCACAUAGCGAAGGUGGCCGCCUUGCCGGUUUACAUGAAUAAUGUGCAGCAACAAGCAUACAUUGAUAACCACCCAAGACGCGGAACGGAUGGGCACUAUCAUUUGACUCACAUCCCACCCUCGUUUGCCGCAGCUUCUAUCGGGGCAGCGCCACCCCCAGGGCACCAAACCGAUGGUCUAUACCCACAAGAGUACAUCUUGAAACGCCAUAGCAUAGAGUGCCUAGUGGAAGCGCUUCGAUCGCUCGUAUCAUGGGCUCAAAAAGGAAUCGAAGCCACUAGUGCGCAGGAGACUUCCCGUGAGUCUUUGGACAAUCGCGAUUCCUUCGAACACACGCCGUCACGAGGUCUUAGUGGUCCGGGGACUCCACAGCUCGAAGUCGAUCGCAGAGUUUCCUCUAACUCCGACCUGAACAACCUCACGGUCUUUGAUGAUCCAAGUCAAUUUGAGAAGUCGAAACUUCGAAAGAAUGCCCUAAGCGAAUGCGUCCGCAAGUUCAACACCAAACCAAAACAUGGCGUCAAGGCGCUGAUAGAGCUGGGCUUCAUCAAGAGUAAAGAGCCUCGCGAUGUUGCUGAAUUCUUGUUGAGUUACAACAGCAUCCUUGAUAAAGGCAAAAUCGGUGAGUAUCUCGGUGAAGGUGAUGAAGAGAACAUCAAUAUCAUGCACUCUUUCGUUGAUCUACUUGACUUCAAUCGAAUGCGCUAUGUCGAUGCCCUGCGUCGCUUUCUGCAGACCUUCAGAUUACCAGGUGAAAGUCAAAAGAUUGAUAGAUUGAUGUUAAAAUUUGCGGAACGCUAUAUUUCUGGGAAUCCGAACGCAUUUGCCAACGCCGAUACAGCAUACGUAUUAGCGUAUUCAGUAAUUAUGUUGAACGUGGACCAACACUCAUCGAAAAUCAAGAGGAGAAUGAAAAAGGAGGAUUUCGUCAAAAACAAUCGUGGUAUCAAUGAUGGCGCAGACUUACCCGAGGAGUAUCUGCAUGGUAUUUUUGAAGAAAUUUCGCAGAAUGAAAUUAUCCUCGAAGAUGAAAAGGAUGCUAUUCGGGAAAGCAAAGAGGCAACCCAGAAAAACGCUGGGCUAGCUGCUGGAAUCGGGCAAGCCUUGGCCACCGUCGGAAGGGACUUGCAAAGGGAAGCAUACAUGCAAGCGUCUGAAGAGAUGGCGAACAAAACGGAGCAGCUGUUCAAGACGCUAUUACGGUCUCAAAGAACAAGUUCGAAGAAAACCAACACCACGAUACGCUUUGUCAAUGCAUCAAGCUUCAAGCAUAUUGGGCCGAUGUUUGAGACUGUUUGGAUGUCGUUCUUGAGCGGUCUGAGCGGUCCCACACAGGAUUCCCAAGACGUAGAAAGUAUCAGACUCUGCAUGGAAGGCUUUAAACUUGCGAUCAAGAUCAGUUGCCUGUUCGAUUUGGAGCUACCGAGGAUAUCUUUCGUUGGAGCAUUAACACGAUUUACGCAGUUGAGCAACUUGAGCGAGAUGAAGCCGAAGAACGUGGAAGCAUUAAAGGUUCUCCUUGAUGUCGCGCAGACAGAAGGGAAUCUCCUCAAGUCUUCCUGGAAGGACGUUUUGUUAGCUGUCAGCCAGCUUGAGCGGUUCCAGCUGAUCUCACAAGGUGUUGACGAAGGCUCGUUGCCAGAUAUGAAUAAGUCUCUAAGGGCGACGACCACGGGCGACGACCGGCGCACUUCGUUCCAUUCCACCCGCUCUUCCAAGUCAAUACGACACAAAAUGUCCAACUACUCCGCUGAUGUGGCCGAGGAAUCGCGAAGUCGAGAGGUUGUCAUUGCCGUAGACAAGAUCUUCGCCAACAGCUCUAAGCUUAAUGGUGAUGCUAUCGUUCAUUUUGUGCGUGCUCUGUGUGAGGUCUCGUGGCAGGAAGUACAGUCCUCUGGAUCAAGUGAAAGUCCCCGAAUGUUCAGUUUGCAGAAGCUUGUAGAAAUCAGUUUCUACAACAUGAACCGUAUCAGAUUCGAAUGGUCUAAUAUCUGGGCCAUUCUCGGAGAACACUUCAACAACGUCGGAUGUUUGCCCAACACUAGCAUAGUCUUCUUCGCCUUGGAUUCACUACGACAGUUGAGUAUGCGUUUCUUGGAGAUCCAGGAGCUCCCACAUUUCAGAUUCCAAAAAGAUUUUUUAAAACCUUUCGAGCAUGUUAUGGCAAAUAGCUCACAUGCGAAGGUGAAAGAUAUGGUGUUACAAUGCUUGAAUCAGAUGCUACAGGCAAGGGGCAAUAUGAUCAAAUCUGGUUGGAGAACAAUGUUUGGGACUUAUAGCUUCGCAGCAAAGGAGCAGUAUGACAAUAUUGUUGAAUUUGCCUUUAAAUCGGUACAGUCGAUUUAUAAGGAGAGGUUUGGUGUAAUUGUUGCACAGGGUGCAUUUUCCGAUUUGGUUGUUUGCCUUACUGAGUUUGCAAAGAAUCUCAGAUUCCAGCGGAUUUCGCUACAGGCGAUUGAAAUUCUGAAGACGAUCGUUCCCAGAAUGCUUGAUACACCAGAGUGUCCUCUGUCUCCGAAAUCAGCUGACUUUCAACAUACAAACGGUCUUGAGAACGGGAACGGUAUCGAAAGCGUCAUGGGAGGCGGCAAAGUUAAGACAGCAAAGGAGGAUCCGAUGGUCAAAUUCUGGUUCCCGGUUCUCUUCGCUUUCCAUGAUGUUCUUAUGACCGGCGAAGAUCUCGAAGUCCGAAGCCGAGCUUUGAAUCAUCUAUUCGACACCCUUGUCUCGUAUGGGGCCGCAUACCCCGAAGCAUUCUGGGAUCUUGUUUGUCGCCAAUUGCUCUUCCCGAUCUUCAUGGUUUUGAAGAGCAAGAGCGAGAUGUCGCGGUUCAAUAAUCACGAAGACAUGACAGUGUGGUUGUCGACUACCAUGAUUCAAGCUCUAAGAAAUCUGAUACAGUUGUUCACGCAUUUUUUUUACAACCUAUCACGAAUGUUAGACGGAUUCUUGGAGCUUUUGAUUACGUGUAUCUGUCAGGAGAAUGACACAAUUGCACGAAUAGGUAGUUCUUGUUUGCAGCAAUUGAUCUUACAAAAUGUGAAAAAACUCCAAAAGGAGCACUGGGGCAAGGUUGUAGGUGCCUUCGUGGUGCUGUUUGAAAGGACAACGGCACAUCAGUUAUUCAGCGCCGUUAACAACGUCUCUACGGCGGUGCCGGGUGGCGCCCAAGGCAUAUUGAGCGCAGGUUCGAUGGAAGAGGAGGCUGACUUCAACGACACAACCGUGGACACCGGGGGGCUAAAAAUCGACGGCUUGGAAACUUUGGAGCAGAAAGAAGCAGCUGCAACCCUCGGUAGUGAAACGGAGCCCGAGCCUGAAAACACCAAUUCUAAUCCGGAGACGCCACAAGAGCAACAGUUAGAGGAUUAUCGUCCCUCUCAACAAGCUCCGCAAAUAGCUGUCUCCGUUAGCGCCGCUAGAAAACGCUACUUCGCCCGAAUAAUUACCAAAUGCGUCCUACAAGGUUUAAUGAUCGAAACAGUCUCAGAACUUUUCUCAAACGACGAUGUCUAUAACCUCAUUCCAUCCCCGGAGCUUCUACGGCUGAUGUCACUGCUCAAGAAAAGCUUCGCAUUUGCACGAAGGUUCAACAAUGAUAAGGAGUUGAGGAUGAAACUAUUCCGAGACGGAUUUAUGAAGCAGCCCCCGAAUCUUUUGAAACAAGAAAGCACGAGCGCUGCAACGUAUAUUUCGAUCCUGUUCAGGAUGUUUGCAGAUGAUAAGUCUGAAAGACGGGAGAGUAGACGGGAUGUUGAAGAAGCUUUGGUACCACUGUGCAUCGACAUAAUCCACGGCUAUGUAGUCCUAGACCGAGAAACACAGCACAGAAACAUCCUUGCCUGGCAACCAGUUGUAGUAGAUGUGAUGGACGGUUAUCUCGCAUUCCCCGAUGCAGACUUUGAAAGGAACAUCACGGCGUUCUACCCAGUUGUCGUUGAAUUGUUACGACAAGACCUUAGCGAAGAUAUGAGGCGUUCAUUAAUGGGAAUUUUGAGAAGAGUUGGGGAAAUGAAGUUGGGAGCGAAAACUGUAGAAUCUGUGGUCAAUGGUGGAGGUGGGACGGCUGUGAAAGGGAGGAGAAGAGCAGGAAGUGUAAUGAGUCGGUAG